CCACCACACAGAAUACUGAACGCUCGAAGACAUGGGAUCAACGCAGGAGAACACGGUCUUCUUGACGGAGAAAGAAGCCGAACGGAUCCGGAAUACAGUGAAGGAGACCAUAAGAAAAAGCUCCGAACUUUGUGGCCAUGCGCGAGAAUCACGAGACGCAAAAUCAGCCAUCAGCCAAGCGACUGGCGCAUCACUAAUGGCAGACAUGGAAUCUAUGCAGUCGAGUGGUCGGGGAGAAACAUUACCUGCCCUUGCCGUGGGAGAGGUGUAUCCGCCUUGCACGGUCACAAGCGAGGAACUUGAACCUAUGAAAAUCAGCGAGCUUAAGAUGGAUACACAUCAUCGUGGUCGCCGGCUCCACGUAAAGCGCGCCAGCCCAGUUGUUGUACUUACCGCGCGUUCGUGGGUCAUGGUGGAGGAUGCCGAGGGCGGCGACAUAGAGCGACUAGAGAUGAGUCUUCACAAGUCACGGCACGGCGAAGACAUCCUGGAGUAUGCGAAGAAUUACAUCAUCAAAGAACCAUUCUUUACUCUUACCGAAGAAGGCGAGGCUACGUUACGCAUAGACCAUCCUUCCGAUCUGAUAUCUCUCAGCGAUGCGCUUACGGGAAAGACUUUCUCGAGCGCUAAAGCAGCAGAGAAGUUCGCCACGACUUGCAAAAGCGGUGGGAACGAUGAGCUCAAAAAUGGUGACCUGGCAGCGGCGCACGAAAAGUACACGGACGGCUUGACUGUCGCAAGACGAGAUUCUGUUUCGCAAACAAAUCCUGACCUCGCUCGAGACAUUGCUCGCAACCGGGCCCUUGUCAACCUUCGAUUAAGUCACUUUGACGAAGCCAUCGCGGAUGCGAAAGCUUCUCUGAUAGGCAAAGACGAUCAGAAAUCGAAAGAUCUUGACAGUAAAGCAUACUACCGAGCUGGAUCUGCUGCGUACGGGCUCGGUCAGUUUGAAGACGCGAAGAAAUUCUUUGAGGAGCAGCUGAAGCUUGCACCAAACGACAAAGAUGCGAGUAUUUACUUGAAGCGGAUAGAUGUACGACUCCGGGAACAACAGACCGGAGCGUACAACUGGAAGAAGCUGCGGACAGGUCUCUCGAAAGCUCGGCCACAUGUCGAUGCCGCAAGUUUCAUUGGCAACGUCAAGGUUGAAAACAGCGAAGGCCGCGGACGCGGUAUGUAUGUUACUCGUAACAUACCUGCUGGAGAGGUGGUGAUGGCCGACAAAGCAUUCCACGUGGUAUGGGGCCACGACAAGGAGGCAUUGACGGCAAUGACCUACGAUGUACGCGACGAUCGAAUCAGGGUACAGCCUGUAGGUCUAAGCAAAUCAAUAGUACAGAAACUCCUUGGAAACUCUUCCCAAAUAGAGAGGGUAAUGGACCUCUUCGGCGAUUACGAAGGUGACGGCAAGAAGAUCUUCCGAACCGGAGACGGUCCUAUCGUCGACACUUUCCGGAUACACGAUAUAGUUUCCCGUAAUGGAUUUGGGCUGGGAAAUCAAUAUGGAGAAGAAGGUGCACGGAAUGCAAGUACCGGUCUCUGCACUUGGGCGGCAUAUAUUAACCAUUCCUGCGUUCCCAAUACCAGCAAAGACUUUGUUGGCGAUCUGAUGGUCCUCCGCGCCAUACGCCCUCUCAUAGCGGGUGAGGAAGUCUUCUUCAGUUACAACGAAGAUGGUGACUACGACGCACGACAGGCCGCUCUGAUGACUACAUGGGGCUUUGAAUGCAAGUGUCCACUUUGCGCUGCCGAGAAGGCUGAUGAUCUUGCGGUGCGAAAGAAGAGGGCAGAGCUGGUGCAGCAAUCGGUGGACUUCGUCAAACACGAAAACUGGCCUGAUGCAAAUAGGCUCAAGAUUGCAAGCGCGCAAAGACUUGCUAAAGCUAUCGACGACACUUACGACAACGAGCGGUACAAGGGUGUGCCUCGGUUGGCUGGGCGGAUCAUCCAAGAAUGGCUCAUGAAGGCGAGCCCGAGGAAAUGAUCGAAAAGCGAUGUGUCAAAGCGCGCAUUUUACUUUGCAAUGGGCAAUUGUAAUUUCCACUGGGUGCGAACAUGUGGUGCGGCGAUCCAUCGGAGUUCACCACACAAUGUCGGGUCCGGUCUCGCCUCGCCCAAGGAUGGUGCGACGUAGGGCCCUCAACACAGCCCUCUGAUCUGUUGGCGCGAUCAGAGUACAUUCUGAGCUUGCUACGCGAGUAGAGUGAGCGCUUCCACCACGGCACUGCAACAAAGAUCCGUUAUGACAGCCUCAAUUAUGUGCACACAAUAUCGAGUCUAUGAAAAGGGUAUACAUGGCAAAAUCAUGAACCAAACUCCGAUGUCCCCAUGAAUGACACGAGCCUCUAAUGACACGCCAGGCGCUUGUUUCAAACCCCAUUCUCGAUGCGUCUAGUAGUUCCUU